AUGGCGGGCUUUUUGCGCGGUGGCGGCGGCGGCGGUGGUGGCGACCGGUCAGCAUAUGGCAGCAACCCCUACGCGAGCAGUGGAGGAGCUGGAGGAGCUGGGGGAGCAGGCUACCGAUCGACGGGUGGCAGCGGCGGCGCAGGCUACGGCGCCCGACCCAGUGGAGGGGCCAGCUACGGCGGUGGUGGGGGAGCAGGCUAUGGUGCUAGUCCAACACCUCGCUCCAGCCACUCAGGCCGAGUGCCAGUCAGCUAUGGCGACGAAAAGGCACCGCCACCGCCGCCAGCGCACUCCUCCUCGCAAGGACAUCUUGUUGUCAAGUGCCCGGAUCAGCUGGUAUUGUCCAAUUGCAUCGUCGUCAAUCAACAAGAAUGGGGUAACACCCAGUACAUUCUCAUCGACGGCCGUUACGUCUUCACUGCACUUCCGGAUACGACGCAGUCAAUACAAGCAGGCACGAUUGGCACUGCGCUGUUGCAGAGACAAUGGGCUGGACUCAGCGCUCAAGGGCACACCGUUCGCGCCGAGGUUUUCGACCCUUACUCGUCCGGUCAGGCCAUCUAUCUGGCUGGACUCGACGUCGAGCUCUCAUUUCUUCGAAAAGGUACCGAGGUUGACGAGCAAUUCGACGCCGACGAGAUGGCUCGAAACUUUUUGAGGGCAUUUGACUCGCAUAUCUUCACAAAGGGACAGCUGCUCGUCUUCGAGUUCCACGGCCAGAACCUCAAGGCUGUCAUCAAUGGCGUCUCUGUUGUCGAAGCCGACCAGGUGCGCGGUGCAGGCAAGGGAGCACCCCCACCUCCGCCCUCGCACGCUGGCCAGAACCGGGGCAUUCUCAUCUCACAGACGCAGAUCAACUUCUUCAAAGCACCCGAUAGCACGCUUCGCAUCAAGGCAAGCGGCAAGCGGGCCCGUCCGAACGCGAUCCUGCAGCCAAACUUCAAGUUUGAGGACAUGGGCAUCGGUGGCCUUGAUGACGAGUUCAGUGCCAUCUUUCGACGUGCAUUCGCCUCUCGCAUCUUCCCGCCCGAACUCGUCGAGAAACUGGGUAUUCAACACGUCAAGGGUAUUCUCCUCUACGGCCCUCCAGGCACGGGAAAGACGCUGAUGGCCCGGCAAAUUGGCAAGAUGCUCAAUGCCCGCGAGCCAAAGAUUGUCAAUGGUCCCGAGAUCCUCAACAAGUUUGUCGGUGCCAGCGAGGAGAAUGUGCGAAAGCUCUUCGCCGACGCCGAAAAAGAAUACAAGGAAAAGGGCGACGAAUCAGGCCUGCACAUCAUCAUCUUUGACGAGCUUGAUGCCAUCUGCAAGCAGCGUGGCUCCACCGGUGGCGGCACGGGUGUGGGCGACUCGGUGGUAAAUCAGCUGCUGUCCAAGAUGGAUGGUGUGGACCAGCUCAACAACAUUCUCCUGAUUGGUAUGACGAACCGUCUCGACAUGAUCGACGAGGCUCUUCUCCGACCUGGUCGUCUAGAGGUACACAUGGAGAUCAACCUCCCAGAUGAAAAGGGUCGACGACAGAUCAUUUCGAUCCAGACGUCCAAGAUGCGAUCCAAUGGCGUCAUGGAUGACGAUGUGGACCUCGAAGAGGUAGCUGCACUGACCAAGAACUUUAGCGGCGCCGAAAUCGCCGGUCUGGUCAAGAGUGCGACGAGUUUUGCCUUCAAUCGACACGUCAAGGUUGGUACCAUGGCGGGCAUCUCGGACGACAUUGAUAGCAUGCGCGUCAAUCGCGAUGACUUCAUGAACGCACUCGACGAGGUCCAGCCCGCGUUUGGCGUGUCGGAAGAAGAGCUGCAGCAAGUCGUUGCCAAUGGCAUCAUGCACUACGCGCCUCACAUCGACGGCAUUCUGCGCGACGGCGAGCUGCGCGUCGAGCAGGUGCGCACAAGCACGAGAACGCCCCUCGUCACCGCCCUCCUCCACGGUCCUCCUGGCUCGGGCAAGACGGCGCUGGCUGCGACGAUUGCCAUUGCCUCGCAGUUUCCCUUCAUCAAGCUCAUCUCGCCGGAGAACAUGGUGGGCAUGGCCGAGGGGCAGAAGAUUGCCUACCUCAACAAGGUCUUCAACGACUCGUACAAGAGUCCGUUGAGCAUCAUCGUCGUCGACAAUAUCGAAAAGAUUGUCGAAUGGGUGCCUAUCGGUCCCAGGUUCAGCAACCCGGUGCUGCAGGCGCUGAGCGUGCUGUUUGGCAAGCGGCCACCAAAAGACAGACGGCUCCUCAUCCUCGCCACGACGUCGAACAAGCCCAUGCUGACCGACAUGGAGAUCUCCGACACGUUCUUGGCAGACAUCCGGGUGCCUUCAAUCACGUCGCUUCGAAGCGUCGAUCACGUUCUUCGGCAGGUGCAUCUCUUUUCGUCGGAGGAAGAACAUGCGAGGUGCAUGGGCCUGCUUCAAAGCGCAGGUCUGGGCGAAGAGAGCCGGCUCAACAUCGGUAUCAAGAAGCUUCUGUCGGAGAUCGAAAUGGCUCGGCUUGAUGACGAUCCUGCCGACAAGCUCACGGCUGCGCUCAACUUUAUGUGA